AUGCUUGCUCAACAACACGAACAUAAAGCAUUCCUUGGAUGGAUGAGAGAAACAGGAAACAUGUUUACAGGCGAUGAAUAUCAUUCACGUUUUGGAAUAUGGCUUUCAAAUAAGCGUUUCGUUCAAAAUCACAAUCGUGCAAAUCUCGGAUUCACACUUGCACUUAACAAGCUUGCUCAUUUAUCACCAGCUGAAUACAAAGCCAUGCUCGGCUUCCGUAAUAAUGGAACUCAUAACAUCGCCACCAAAUCCAACACAAUUGCAAAUGAUGGCAUCGACUGGCGUACAAAAGGAGUCGUCAAUCCAAUCCAGGACCAAGCUCAAUGCGGAUCAUGCUGGGCAUUUUCUGCAAUCCAAGUUCAAGAAUCCCAAUAUGCAAUCACAUAUGGCCAACUCCAAAAGCUUUCAGAGCAGAACCUUGUUGAUUGCGUUACAUCAUGCGAUGGAUGUGGCGGUGGUUUGAUGUCAGCCGCUUACGAUUACGCUAUCCAAUACCAAGGUGGAAAGUUCAUGUUGGAGAAGGAUUAUCCAUACACAGCACUUGAUGGAACAUGCAAAUUCAACAAAGCCAAGGCUACUUCGAAGAUUGUUUCUUACAUUAAUGUUGUUGAAGGUGAUGAAAAGGAUCUUGCUGCCAAGGUUUCUGCUUACGGUCCAUCUUCUGUUGCAAUUGAUGCAUCGCAAAUUUCAUUCCAAUUCUACUCACAGGGUAUUUACGACGAACCAUACUGCUCAUCCUACUCUCUCGAUCACGGUGUUGGCUGUGUUGGCUAUGGCACAGAAGGCACAAAGAAUUACUGGAUUGUCCGUAACUCAUGGGGUCUUGGAUGGGGUGAUCAGGGAUAUAUCCGCAUGAUCAAGGACAAGAACAAUCAGUGCGGCAUUGCCACAAUGGCUUGCAUCCCCACAGCUAAGUAA